AUGUCUCAGGGGGUACCUCCGCGGCGGCCUCUAGGGCCCCGUAGUAUGGGAUCUUCCCAUGAUGUACCUACUAUACCUCCGAAAGUGCCCCUUAAUACAUCUCUUCCUCGCGCUCCCGAUCCAACUUAUAGCCCGAUCUGGACCGUGCCUUCACAGGGACCCUCAAACCCACCCAGGACCUCAAUUGAAAGCUCUCGUCCGGUCAACCCACGGUAUUCUCAAAUUACGUCAUCUUCCCGCAGUAGUCUUAGCCAUGAUGGCUUCGACGACAAUCCUUACAGGUCGCAAACCCCGAACGGUGUACAUCAGGCGAAGGAGGUUAAAAGCAGUAGUGCAGAUCUCCCCCACAGCACCACAAUUGAGCCCCAGAAGCUGCUGGAGUAUAUGCGCAAAUACAACAUUUUAUUGAUUGACGUGCGUUUCCGGGACCAGUACGAUAGUGGCCACAUCUAUGCCUCGUCGAUCCUUUGCAUUGAGCCGGUGGCAUUAAAGGAGAAUGUGUCAGCGGAGGAGCUCGAAGAGCGCCUGGUGGUGUCGCCGGAACAUGAGCAGUCAUUAUUCGAGCGGCGCAACGAGUAUGACAUGGUCGUCUAUUAUGACCAGGGAACGGCAUCAGUCAGCUAUCUAGCCGGAUCCCCUGUAGGCACGACGGCUCCUCAUCUUCGAGCCCUGUAUGACACGCUUUACGAGUUCAACGCAUAUAAGCCAUUGAAAGAUGGACGACCUCCUGCACUACUGCUUGGCGGCCUUGACGCAUGGACCGAUCUAGUUGGCCAGCAGUCUCUUGCUACAUCCUCCACUGCUGCUGUGAUGGGAUCUUUGCAAGCAAAGAGGCCGGUCAGAAGGCCAGGGCGACCGCUAGGAAGAGUGCCUACGAUCGUCAGUGCCAAUUCUAGCUUGGAAGUGAGGAAGAGAAGAUUGCGCGAAUAUAAGCCACUGAAUCCUCAAGAGCUCACAGAGUGGAUGGAAAAGUCUAAGACGGAAGAAAUCGACCCCGGGACUUAUGUCGAGGAGGAUGCACUCACGGAAGAACCGGAAGGUGCUGAAGAGCCACCUGUCUCUCCCUUUGUGCACACAUAUGAGGAUUUCCUGCGGCGCUUCCCAGAACCACAUGCAAUCCAGCAGUCAAUGGUAACGCCGCACGUUCGGCCAGCGGGGACACCGGCACCCAACUAUGCUGCGCCUGUUCCUGUUGCUCCAUCAAGGCCUCCGCCUGCAGUCCCACGGCCCAGUUAUAGUGGCGUUUCAGACGGCCGGCAAAUACAACCUACGCUGGAGCGACAAAACUCUGCCACCAAAACAGCUCUCUACACACCAAGCUCGAUGCUUAACCGCCUGAAGCUCCCACGGACUGGCUUGACAAAUUUUGGCGUGACCUGUUACAUGAAUUCCACCCUUCAGUGUUUGAACGCUACAGUGGUGUUGAGCAAGUUCUUCAUCGACAAUCGCUUUCGGUACUAUGUACAGAAGAACUGGAAGGGCUCCCAAGGCGUUAUGCCGGGACUUUUCGCGAAUCUGAUCCGGUCACUCUGGAAGAACGACGUGGAAGUGAUCAUGCCGACUUCCUUUCGGAAUUUCUGCGGACGGCUGAAUCAAGAAUGGGCUAUCGAUCGCCAGCAGGAUGCCAAGGAAUUUUUCGACUUUGUCGUCGACUGUUUGCACGAGGACCUGAACAUUAAUUGGCAGCGGACGCCUCUCAGACCCUUGACAUUCGAGGAGGAGAUGCAGCGCGAGAGAAUGCCCGUUCCCAAGGUUUCUAAAAUUGAGUGGGAUCGUUAUUGUCAUCGCGAAGAGUCAUUCAUUUCCUCGCUCUUUGCAGGCCAGCACGCGAGCCGGCUACGCUGCACCACCUGUAAGCGGACAUCAACCACGUAUGAGGCAUUCUACAGCAUCAGUGUCGAAAUUCCACCGUCGGGCACGGGCGACAUUUACCAUUGUCUUCGCAGUUAUUGUCAAGAGGAGAUGCUGAGUGGGGAUGAGGUGUGGAAAUGUCCGUACUGCAAGUGCGAACGAGUGGCCACCAAACAGAUUAUUAUCACGCGGGCACCGCAGAUCUUGGUCGUCCACUUCAAGCGGUUCUCGGCGUCGAAGACCCAGACUGCACGGAAGAUCCAUACGCCUAUCGACUUCCCUUUGCAUGGACUCCGGAUGGAUGACUUUGUCUUCUCGGCAUAUAAUCAGGGGCAGACCAACGGAUUACCCCACGACCCGAUCGCGGCCACGGUGCCUCCAUUCACGUACGAUGCGUACGGAGUCUUGCGGCACAUCGGGUCCUCGAUGGGCAGCGGGCACUACAUCUCUCUGGUGCGAGAUGCGCAGCGACAAUGCUGGCGACGAUUCGAUGACGAGCGGGUUACCGAUUUCAACCCGCGCGAUCUGCGAUCGAAAGACCGGCUGCAGAACGAACAAGCCUAUAUUGUCUUCUACGAGCGGGUGCCCGCCAAGUAA